AUGAAAGCGAGCCUGAGUCUGUCCUGGUCACUUCUGGUGAUAGCCCUGAGGACGCUGGGACUGCCAGCCUAUGGAAAGAAAGGCAUCAAGUGUGGUGGAGUGCUCUCGGGGCCUUCCGGCAACUUCUCCAGCCCCAACUUCCCAGGGCUCUACCCGUAUGACACGGAGUGCAGCUGGCUCAUCGUGGUGGCUGAGGGCAGCUCCAUCCUGCUCUCCUUCCAUGCCUUUGACCUGGAGUACCACGACCACUGCGGCUAUGACUAUCUGAAAAUCUACAACGGGGCCUCCAGUGAUGAGAACAACCUCCUGGGCCAGUUCUGUGGCCAGAGCCGCCCACCCCCCUUCACCUCCUCCUGGCACAUCAUGUCCGUCGUCUUCCACUCGGACAAGCACGUGGCCAGCUGGGGCUUCUCUGCAGGCUACCAGAAAGACAGCUGUGGUGGCGUCCUCACUGGCCUCUCGGGAGUGAUCACCAGCCCAGAGUACCCCAGCAGCUACCCCAACAACGUGGAAUGCCACUGGGUCAUCCGGGCAUCCGGAUCUUCCACCAUCAAGCUGGUGUUUGCCGACUUCCAGGUGGAGAGUAACCGAGCCUGUAGCUAUGACUAUGUGGCUAUCAUUGAGGGGACGGGCCCCGCCAGGGGCACCCACUACUGCGGCAGCACCAAGCCGCCCGACUUGGUGUCUCUGGGCCGAGAGGUCCAGGUGGUCUUCAAGUCUGACUUCAACAUUGCUGGCCGGGGCUUCAAGGCCUACUACUUCUCAGUGGUUCCCAUGAAUGUCAGCUGCAACCGCAAUGACUUCCAGAUCCAAAUACCCGUUCGGUCUCUGGCACAGCUGGAUCGGAGCCAGAUCUACCUGGGAAGCCGGAGCUGCCCAGCACAACUGGUUGGCGACGAUUACAAAAUCCUGGCCCGGUUUGAUACUUGUGGCUCUGAGUCCCAGAGGAGGAACAACACACCUGUGAUUGUCAGCUUCCUGUACAUCGACUUCUCUGGUCUGAUGGGACAGGAAGACAUCCACGAGUAUGAGCUGCUCUGUGAGCCCCGAAAGAAGGAGGCCUCUGCGUACUUGCUGCCUGGCUCCAGCUGGCCUGCCCCCUAUGGCAAUGUGGAGCAACUUUCCAUAGAAGCCCCACCCGAGGCCGAGGCCGAGACCGUGGCCAAGGAGGAAGAGCAGCCGGAGCCUGUACAUAAACAGGACACCAGCGACAUCGUCUUCCUCGUCAUCUGCACCCUGGCCGUCGUGCUCAUGAUCAUCGCUAUUGUAGGGCUGGUGUUGUUGUGA